AUGUGGUAUGAUAAUGUUCGAAUCCCAGAAGAAGAAGGGGUGAGUAAAUUACUAGUUGGAAAAACCUUUGCAUAUUUUCCGAAAUAUGCAUAUGAUGAAAAUGAGGAGGUGAAUGAACUGAAAAAGGGUAGAAGAAGAAUUGGUGAAAUGAGGAACAGUGAGUAUAUGACAGACAUUGAAAAAGUGAACAGUGUUGCUAAUGAGAACAGUGCUGCUAACACAAACAGUAUUGCUAAUAUGAACAGCGUUGAUAGAAUUGACAGUGGUAUCAGUGCUAACAAUACGGAAAGAGUGAACAAUACGGAAAGAGUGAACAACAUGGAAAGUAUGGACAACAUGGGAAGUAUGGACAACAUGGGAAGUAUGGACAACAUGGGAAGUAUGGACAACAUGGGAAGUAUGGACAACAUGGAAAAUUUAGACAAUAUACGAUUUAAGAAUAAAGAAUAUACUCUAAUUCCACAGCGGUUGGGACGAACAAUAUUACCUUUGAAUCCUGAACUUUUAGCUCAGUCAACCCUAGAACAAGAAGUUAUAGAUGGUUACUUAAGUGAGAUACAUAAUAAUGUACACAAAUAUUCUAUAUUGACAGAAUAUUCAUUUCUCAUGAAUGAAAUUCCAAAAAGUUUUUACUGUUUACCACAACAUGAUGAUUUAUUCAUCUGGGAUGUGUUUAUUAUUUUAUAUUCGACAAUAUAUAAAAAAGGAAAAUUUAAAAUACAAAUAAGAUUAGGUGAAAAUUAUCCACAUACUAUUCCAGAGGUAUAUUUCUUAACUCCUGUUUUUCAUCCUUUAAUAAAUCCACAAACAGGGAAAUUAAAUUUGGGUACACAACUAAAUAAUUGGGAACCAAGUUCUCAUUAUAUGUCUCUCUUGUUUUUAUAUAUUAAGAAUAUAUUUUAUUUACAAGAUGAAUAUACUAAAGACAUAGUUGAAAACGAAGAAGCUUAUAUUUUAUUGAAUAAUAAUAAAGAAACGUUUUUGAAAAAAGUGCAAGAAUGUGUGAACCAUUCUAAUGAUGAUAUACUGCUUUUUAAUAAAAUCGAUAAGUCCAUGUUUAACUUUGAUAAAGAUAUGAAUAAUGAACAUAUAACCGUUAAAUUGGAAAGCAUAAUGAAAGAUCAACUGUGCAACAAAAAGGCAGAGGCGUUUAUCCACUGGUUACUCAAUGAGUACUCCUUUGAAACUACGCAAAAGGAGGGGGCAUCUUUGUGUACAAUGAACAAAAGCAACAGUGAAGACGAUAAAGGUGAAAAUCGAACUUAA